GUUUAGCAGGUGGCGCCAACACACUUCCUGUUCAGAAAAACCGCCGAAAUAGACGAAGAAGAAGCGACAACGCGGAAGAAGAAAAUGUAGCAGUAGUUGAAGACAAUAUGACAACAAACAUUUAUUUCUAUACGGUUGUCCGGCUAGCAAAAUAAUUUUACUGUUCUAAUUAGACUUUUUAUACUUUCCUUAAUACCAGAAAGCAUUCAGUUGGACUCCAACGUGACAGUAAUGAAGAGAGCAGCUACGAAAUAAAUAGCUAUAGUAAUUAAUCAUGUUCCCAGACUUGUAUCCUUUCGUGGAGGAUAGCUUUAGCCGCUUCCCAUCGCAGAGUAACAUCUAUGGCCUGUGUCAGGCCGGAGGACAGGAGCUGCUUGCCGCUACUCUCAAAGGGAAGGUGGUGAGCUUCACGUACCAGGAGUUGCAACAGAAGUUAAGACCAGUGGCCAAAGAGGUUCAGUUCACCUACAUACCAGUUGAUGCAGAGAUCGUGUCAAUUGAUGCUUUCAUCAAAUCUUCACCCAAAAGAGGCCUUGUGGUGGGAAUCACAUUCAUAAAGGACUCUGGUGACAAAGCUACCCCCUUCCUGAAUAUCUACUGUGACUAUGAACCCGGCUCAGAGUUCAACCUGGAGUCCAUCGCACAGAGUUGCCUAAAUCUGGAGCUGCAGUUUACGCCCUUCCAGCUGUACCACACAGAAGUGCAGAGUGACAAUGGAGGUAGAGAGACUGUUUUUCUUCUCAGCGGUCACGACCAGAGGAUCCACUUGUACAAAGAGAAUGCUUCGCUUCACCAAUUUGAAGAGCAGCCAGUGGAGAGACUCUUCCCUGAACUCCAGCAAUUACCCAGCAAUGUGCUGUGGUUGGACAUGCUGACCAUUGCUGAUGACCAAAGACUGUCGGCGUUUGGCUGUCAGAACGGCUGCGUUGGACUGGCUCUGGUCAAGCAAUCUGGACCAGAGGUUUUGCAGAGCUGGCGAGUUCAGUUCGACAGUCCGAUCUCCAUUGUGCUGCUGUUUCCUCUUACCUGCCAAACUGAGCCUAACAUGCCCAGCAGAGACAAAAUUUUGGGCGUUAAAGAUUACAACCUUCUGGUCACGAGCACUAUCGAGAUGGCAGUUGUCUACAGAAAUGUCCAGCAACGAGGAUUGUCCCACUCCAUGUGUCUCUCUGAAAGUGAUCAGUGGGACGCGGUGCUUUGUGCUCUUGUCAUUGAUCUGGACUUUGAUGGGGAGAAGGAGGUGCUGCUGGGAACAUAUGGCCAGGAACUUCUGUGUUAUAAGUUCCAGCAUGCAGCGGAAGGAGAAGAUGGACACUUUCAGUUUCUGUGGCGACGAAGCUUCAAAAGUCCUUUGCUGUCUAUCAUCUACUUAGAUCUGACCGGGGAUGGUUUGAGAGAGCUGGCUGUCCUCACGCUGAAGGGACUGCAUAUCUUACAGCAUAGUCUCACCAGCACUGCUGAUCUGGUCCUGGAACGUCUUGCCAAGAGGGUGGCAGCGCUGGUUGUUGACCCCAAGUCGGAGUCUGUCAAAGGUCAAGAUACCAAUGAAAAAGAGGACCAUACAGUUCACGUAGCUUGAAAAUAAACAUACAGUAUGUUACAUGUAAACUGCAUCUAUAUGUCAUCUACACACGACUUUAGGUUACAUUGGUUCGAUGCACGUUAAUUUUCACUUCCAUGGUGAUGACUUUCCCUUUCUUUCGCGCACUGCUCUGCUUGGAAGAUAUCACAUCAUAAUAAUAUAUCAUAAUACAAGACAUAAUAUAUCAUAAUACAAGACAUUAAGGGAUAUCCGCCUUUUAUUUACAAAACAUGCAAAACAUUUCAGUGUUUCAUUAAACUGUGUUUAAUCAGUGGAAAUUCAUGUUUACAGUACAUUGCCCAAC